GCCCGCUGUCCUGCCUGAUGCCUUGACGCCCGCUGUCCUGCCUGAUGCCUUGACACCCCGCUGUCCUGCCUGAUGCCUUGACGCCCGCUGUCCUGCCUGAUGCCUUGACGCCCGCUGUCGAGCCCGAUGCCUCGGUGCCUGAUGACCCACCCGAUGACCCGGUGCCUGCUGUCCAGCCCCGAUGACCCGGUGCCUGCCACCCAGCCCGAUGUGCCUGCUGCCCAGCCUGAUGUGCCUCUGCUCGCUGCCCAACCUGAUGUGCCUCUGCUUGCUGCCCAGCCUGAUGUGCCAGCCCCUGAUUCCCAGCCUGCUUCUGGAAAUCCUGUGUCCAGCAACCUGCCUUCCUGCGGUCUCCUACAAAAAGAUAGGUCUACCAGCAGAAAACCCAACCAGUCGCUUGACUCCGGCAGUGGGAUAUCCAGCCAUUUACCUGACCUGGGCGGUGGAACAUUUUUGCCAUUAAGGACUGUUUGGAGCGUCCUGAGGCCGCUCCUUGAGGGGGGG